GGCGGACCGCGACAACAGGAUAAGAGCCCGAGGCCGAGCGGAGACCGCCCAGCGCAGCGGAGCAAGAGGGGAGGCUUCGCGGACGUUCGCGGCCAGGACUCGUGCGCACCAGCCGAGGCCCAGGAGGCCAGUGGCUGAAGACCAAGCGACAAGAAGCACAGAAUUCCUUGAUUCCAGGUGUGCCCAUGAGUAAGAGCAAAUGCUCUGUGGGACUCAUGUCUUCUGUGGUGGCCCCGGCUAAGGAGCCCAACGCCAUGGGCCCAAAGGAGGUGGAGCUCAUCCUCGUCAAGGAGCAGAACGGAGUGCAGCUCACCAGCUCCACCCUCACCAACCAUCAGAGUCCCGUGGAGGCCCAGGAUCGGGAGACCUGGGGCAAGAAGAUCGACUUUCUCCUCUCUGUCAUUGGCUUCGCUGUGGACCUGGCCAAUGUGUGGCGGUUCCCCUACCUGUGCUACAAAAAUGGCGGAGGUGCCUUCCUGGUCCCCUACCUGCUCUUCAUGGUCAUCGCUGGGAUGCCCCUUUUCUACAUGGAGCUGGCCCUCGGCCAGUUCAACAGGGAAGGAGCUGCUGGUGUCUGGAAGAUCUGCCCCGUACUGAAAGGCGUGGGCUUCACCGUCAUCCUCAUCUCGCUGUAUGUCGGCUUCUUCUACAAUGUCAUCAUUGCCUGGGCGCUGCACUACCUCUUCUCGUCCUUCACCACGGAGCUCCCGUGGGUCCACUGCAACAACUCCUGGAACAGCCCCAACUGCUCAGACGCCCACCCUGGCGACUCCAGUGGCAGCAGCUCGGGCCUCAACGACACCUUUGGGACCACGCCUGCUGCCGAGUACUUCGAGCGUGGCGUGCUGCAUCUCCACCAAAGCCAUGGCAUCGACGACCUGGGGCCUCCACGGUGGCAGCUCACAGCCUGCCUAGUGCUGGUCAUCGUGCUGCUCUACUUUAGCCUCUGGAAGGGCGUGAAGACCUCAGGGAAGGUGGUGUGGAUCACAGCCACCAUGCCAUAUGUGGUCCUCACUGCCCUCCUGCUGCGUGGGGUCACCCUCCCCGGAGCCAUAGACGGCAUCAGAGCAUACCUGAGCGUCGAUUUCUAUCGGCUCUGCGAGGCAUCUGUUUGGAUUGAUGCAGCCACCCAGGUGUGCUUCUCCCUGGGCGUGGGGUUCGGGGUGCUGAUCGCCUUCUCCAGCUACAACAAGUUCACCAACAACUGCUACAGGGAUGCGAUUGUUACCACCUCCAUCAACUCGCUGACAAGCUUCUCCUCCGGCUUCGUCGUCUUCUCCUUCCUGGGGUAUAUGGCACAGAAGCACAGCGUGCCCAUCGCGGACGUGGCCAAGGAUGGGCCGGGGUUGAUCUUCAUCAUCUACCCGGAGGCCAUUGCCACACUCCCGCUGUCCUCAGCCUGGGCCGUGGUCUUCUUCAUCAUGCUGCUCACCCUGGGCAUCGACAGUGCCAUGGGCGGCAUGGAGUCGGUGAUCACCGGGCUCAUCGAUGAGUUCCAGCUGCUGCACAGACACCGUGAGCUCUUCACGCUCUUCAUUGUACUGGCAACCUUCCUCCUCUCCCUGUUCUGCGUCACCAACGGCGGCAUCUAUGUCUUCACGCUCCUGGACCAUUUUGCAGCCGGCACGUCCAUCCUCUUUGGAGUGCUCAUCGAAGCCAUUGGGGUGGCCUGGUUCUAUGGCGUCGGGCAGUUCAGCGACGACAUCCAGCAGAUGACCGGGCAGCGGCCCAGCCUGUACUGGCGGCUCUGCUGGAAGCUGGUCAGCCCCUGCUUCCUUCUGUUCGUGGUCGUGGUCAGCAUUGUGACCUUCAGGCCCCCCCAUUACGGAGCCUACAUCUUCCCUGACUGGGCCAACGCACUGGGCUGGGUCAUUGCCACGUCCUCCAUGGCUAUGGUGCCCAUCUAUGCAGCCUACAAGUUCUGCAGCCUGCCUGGGUCCUUUCGAGAGAAACUGGCCUACGCCAUCACGCCUGAGAAGGACCAUGGGCUGCUGGACAGAGGGGAGGUGCGCCAGUUCACGCUCCGCCACUGGCUCAAGGUGUAGAAGGAGCGGAGACAAAGACCCCGGGAGAUCGUCCCGCCGUGGAAGAGAAGCCAACAAACCAAGGAAAUCUAAGCUUCAAGAGCAGGAGGCAACUUCUGCUCUCCAACCUCUACUAAAAACAAAAAACAAAGCAGAAGCUCCUCUCUUGUGACUAUUGACACCUUUCCCUGCCGGGAGCGCAGCCCGCGUGUCUUGUGUUGCUGUCCUAACAAUGUAGAUCUGUGCAGUGCGGUCCACCCCAUUCCUGCCCCUCAGGGCAGUAAAACGCCUGCCUUCCUGCUGUCUGUGUGAGGCUCCCUCCCUGCCCUGACUCCCAGCUCCGAGGCUGGCCGGGCGCUGUUCUCAGGUGGGGGUCCCCAUCCUUGACACACCCAGCGGGAAUGCCUCAGAGUGCUCAUCGCGGUCGCUUCCUAGAACGUUUAUUUUGCCUGUGUUAAAAAGCUGUGCGUCCUGCUUUGUGUAGCUGUGCAGAAGGUGAACUGGAAGAAACCACGAGUUCCUGCAAAGUCCUUUCCUGAUGCUUGGCUCCCAGCAGAGGCUGUAAAUUGGGCAUUCAGUUGACACGUUGCACACAGAGUCUGUUCAGAGGCAUUGGAGGACAGGGGUCCUGGUGUGUCUCACCAGGAAAUUCUGUUUAUGUUCUUGCAGUAGAGAGAAAUAAAACUCCUUGAAACCAACUCAGGCUACUGCCACUCGGGCCACCUGUGGGUCCUUGUGGUGUAGCCCUCACAGAGGAGUGUCCUGCCCCGGGAUGCAUGCAGACCCCUCACAGGGGCGUGUCCUGCCCUGGGAUGCAUGCAGACCCCUCACAGGGGCGUGUCCUGCCCCGGGAUGCAUGCAGACCCCUCACAGGGGCGUGUCCUGCCCCGGGAUGCAUGCAGAUCCCUCACAGGGGCGUGUCCUGCCCCGGGAUGCAUGCAGAUCCCUCACAGGGGCAUGUCCUGCCCUGGGAUGCAAGCAGACCCCUCACAGGGGCGUGUCCUGCCCCAGGAUGCAUGCAGACCCCUCACAGGGGCGUGUCCUGCCCCGGGAUGCAAGCAGACCCCUCACAGGGGCGUGUCCUGCCCUGGGAUGCAAGCAGACCCCUCACAGGGGCGUGUCCUGCCCCGGGAUGCAUGCAGACCCCUCACAGGGGCGUGUCCUGCCCCGGGAUGCAUGCAGGGCUCCCUCGCAGGCAGCCAGCAGGCCACACUCUGCCUGGCCUGAGCCGUGACCUUCAACGAGGCACCCACUGGAAUUUGAUUUUUCUCAGGUGCAUGUGGCAUCAAUAACAACAGUUUUUAUGUUUGGAAAUGUCUUUUUAAAAUCAUAUUCACCUGUGAAUCAGAACAAAUUCAAGAAUGCGAUGCCUGCGAAUCUGCUUGCUGAUGUUACAGGUGUUGUUUCCAAAAACAAUCAGCAGCACUGAGUGAGGGAGCUUGGCCAGACCCACCUUUCCACGCACGCUGCGCUCGGUCACGACGGGAAAGUGGACACUGCAUUUUGAAUUCAUGGGCCAAGAUAGGGCUGCCUGCGUGCUGCCCGGGGGCAGUCACAUCCCCGAAGGUGGACGAGGGCUCCAGGGACUGGAGGGUGACGCUCGGCAGGAGCCGCCGCAUGAACUGCGAGGCUGCUGCGGUUAGCACAGAGGGUGGCUUCCCACCGCCUUCUGGGGAGGGACUCCGUGUAGCACCCUGGGUGUUGUCUGUGUCUGUUCACCUCUCUCUAGUCAGCAUCUUAUGGGCCCCUCGGCACAAUAAAGACAUCCUCAGUGGAAA